UUGAGCAUGAAACUCCACCCACUCAGUGAGGUGAGAUUGAGACUGAGCUGGGUGACAGCACAGCAUGAGGGCACCAUUCUGUUUGGCUUCAUCAGAACCAACCUUAUCUUCCCUGGCCUGUGGCUCUGGUCUGCUCCCCUUAGUCCAAAGGAGCAACUGAAGAACCUUGAGGCCCUGCCACAGACUAGUUAGAGACAGCCAGAAACCCAGAUGGUAGGAGGUGAUAAAGAGGAAGGAGACAAGAGACACCUGCAAACCUGCUUCACUACUCGUAAAGCUUUCCCCCUGCAGUCUGAAGAAAUGUCAAAGAUUGGGAGUUUUGAAGGGUUCCAGCCUGUGUCUCUAAAGCAGGAAGGAGAUGACCAGCCAUCUGAAACUGACCAGCUGUCCAUAGAAGAGAGGGGUCCAGGGAAGGACCCAGAAUCGAGGCUGAUUUCCAGACAUCCAAGUGUGACUGAAUCCACACUCUACCCCAAUCCUUAUCACCAGCCUUUCAUCUCACGGAAGUACUUCGUUACACGGCCAGGUGCCAUUGAGACUGCCAUAGAAGACUUGAAAAGUCACGUAGCUGAGACUUCUGGAGAGAACAUUCAAGGCUUCUGGCUCUUGACUGAAAUAGACCACUGGAACAAUGAGAAGGAGAGGAUUUUGCUGGUCACAGACAAGACUCUCUUGAUCUGCAAAUAUGACUUCAUCAUGCUUAGCUGUGUGCAGUUGCAGCGGAUUCCCUUGAGUGCUAUCAAUCGCAUCUGUCUGGGCAAGUUUGCCUUCCCUGGGCUGUCACUGGACAAGAGACAAGGAGAAGGCCUUAGAAUCUACUGGGGGAUUCCAGAACAGCAGUCUUUAUUGUCCCGCUGGAAUCCCUGGUCCACUGAAGUGCCUUUUGCUACUUUCACUGAGCACCCUGUGAAAUACACCAAUGAAAAGUUCCUCAAAAUUUGCAAGUUGUCUGAGUUCACGUCUAAGCUUGUUCCAGCUAUCCAGAUGGCCCACAAGAACUCCCCUGAAUCUGGAAGAGGAAAGGAACUGAUGGUGUUAACUAAGCCUAUUUUGAUUGAGACCUACACAGGACUGAUGUCAUUUAUUGGGAACCGCAACAAACUUGGCUAUUCCCUUGCUCGUGGGAGUAUUGGUUUUUGAGACUUUUUUUGGGGGGUGUGUGUGUAAAGUACACUAUCCAUAGAUAUAUAAUCAUUGAAGAUUCUGUUUCAGUUUACCUUUUUUUUUUUUUUUUAGUUAAAACACUUACUCUUAAAUAGUAGUUCAUGAUUUUGAAUGCUGAGUAACAUAACUGAUGGGACUGGGUGGUGGUGCCUCUGCUUGAGCACACACAUUACAGUGUGCAAGGACCCUGGUACUAUCCCUAGUCCCCACUUGCAGGGGGAAAGCUUCACAAGUGGUGAAGCAGUGCUGCAGGUGUCUCUCUGUUGCUCUCCCUUUCUGUCUCCUCCUUCCUCUCAAUUUCUGGCUGUCUCUAUCUAAUAAAUAAGUAAAGAUAAUAGGGGCCAGGUAUGUAUAUCAGUGCUCAAGGACCAGGUUCAAGGCCCUGGUCCUCACCUGCAGGGGCAGAGCUUUGCAAGUGGUGAAGUAAUAUUGCAGGUGUCUCUCUGCCUCUCUCCCUCUCUAUCACGCCUUCCCUCUUGACUUCCAGUUGUUUCUAUCAAACAAAAUAAAUAUAAUAAAAAUAUUUUAAAAAACAUUAAAAAUAAAUGAUAAAUAAAUCAGAUUACAUGUGGUAAUAUUUCCUAAAACCAGAAAAUAAACUUUAAUCAAAUUU